AUGAGGACUGCCGUCAGGCGCGCCAGCGUAACGGCGCUCGUCACCGCCUGCGUCACCGUCGUCGCCUACGCCGUGGCCACAGCGGCCCAGUACGCAAUCGGCCGCCACCACCUCUGCAGCCAGGUCACCAUGGUCCGCCACUGCAUGUGCGCCCGCGCCGGCCUCCUCCUCCUCGCCGCCGACCCAGGAUACCUCUUCGGCAGGAUCUGCGUCGGGUUCGCCUUCUGCUUCGCAGCGAACGACGUCGCCAACUUCGUGGACUUUCUCCGUGGAGGUGACAAGUGA